AUGAUCCAACGUCUAUAAGAAGGCCGACGUUGCUGAUGCCACAUGGAUUUCUAUAACUCCCUACAAUCCAUAAUCGUAUUUUCUCUCAGAUAGCACCAAAAAUGGCAAAGAUUACAGAAAUUUCAUACAAUUCUCAAACGAUUUUUCACAUUUUCUAAAUCGAGUGAGUGGAGUGAAUGUGUUGAGGACUUUUCUUUUUUUCUCUUUAUAAAUGCGUCUGCUUAUUCGACACCAACAAAGUAAAGCAAAGAAAAUUCUUCUGCAACUUUUCAGGCAAGUAGAGCGCACUUGAAAGAAAGAGUUCCAAUUUUAUAUCGAGAAAAAUAGUGGGUACACAAUUCUCCUUUUUACCUGGUGGGAUUCAUCUUGAACAUUAAAUAGUGAAGUUUGAGGAAUCUCAAGUUACAACAAGCAGCAUUCCUCUGCAUUGAAUUCUCAACUUCUCUGCAAAUCCAGAAAGGUUCUCUUGAUUUUAUUCUAUUUGGUUAUCAUCAUGUGGCGAAGACGGCAGGGUGGCAAGAACCAGAAUGAACAAGAUUGUGCUGAAAGACAGGCCAAGAUAAAUGAGCUCAGGGCUGCCAUUGGGCCCCUAUCUGGCCAUAGUUUUCUGUUUUGUUCAGAUGCAUGCUUGAGACGAUACCUGGAAGCCCGAAAUUGGAACCUCAACAAAGCCAAGAAGAUGCUGGAGGAGACAUUAAAAUGGAGGGCAGCAUAUAAACCAGAAGAAAUUCUCUGGGAUGAAGUUGCUCUAGAAGGCGAAACUGGGAAAAUAUACAGGGCUAAUUAUCUUGAUCGUUUGGGGAGAACUGUCAUUGUGCUACGACCUGGAAAGCAGAAUACCACAUCACAAGAUGAUCAACUACGUCACCUUGUUUAUCUACUUGAGAAUGCUGUUAUUAAUUUACCAUCAGGCCAGGAACAGAUGGUAUGGUUAAUUGAUUUCAGUGGGUGGUCUUUGUCAAAUUCAGUGCCUAUUAAGACAGCUCGUGAAACCGCAAAUAUCUUACAAAAUCACUAUCCUGAGAGGCUGGCAGUUGCAUUACUAUACAACCCUCCUAGGAUAUUUGAAGCCUUUUGGAAGGUAGUCAAGUUCUUCCUUGAUUUAAAGACAGUCGAGAAAGUGAAAUUUAUUUACACAAAGAGUGAAGAAAGUGCCAGCCUUAUGCAGCGACUUUUUGAUUUGGAUAAGCUUCAAGUAGAAUUUGGGGGCAAGAACAACUCGCAAUAUGAUCAUACUGAGUUCUCAAAGCUUAUGCGGCAAGACGAUAUAAAGACUGCUGAUUACUGGGCUACAGGUGAUAAGCUUACUCACUUGAAUGGAAAUUCAACAUCAGAACCUGAUAUCAAACCAGAUAGUAAUGCUCCAGAAGAAAGCUAGCUGGGCAAGGUGAUCUAUUUGAUUUCAAAAUAUGGUUGAAGAAUUUAUGAUUCUGAAACUGUGUACCUCGUUUCAUACUAUUGUCCUACAAUGACAAAUAACUUUUUAGAGUGACCCGGAUUUUUCUGAAAAAGGAGUCGGUUGUCUUUUAAGAGGGCAUCCUAACAAUUCUUUUGGAUCGCAUAUCAUCAAAGAUCUAAAUAUCUUUCUCCAUGCAUCUUUUGGUGUCAUUGAAAAUAUAGAUUUGUUAUUUUCUUGAUUGGUUACCCAAACUAAGCUUCAGGGAUAUUAGGUGGGGCUUUAAUGUGGCAGAGUUUAAGAUCAGAUUGCGUUUAGAGUCCCAUUAUUGAGGAGGCUGGGUGAUGAUUCCAUGUGGAGAUUUGACUUCAGUUGAGUCUCCAUUGAAGUGAAUUUCUGUGAACAUUGAGAUCUAGCACUCUGGAGUUGGCUCUCUCAAUUGUCAAUCUGCACUAUGGUUGUAGUGAGAGGAGCAGAUAUUAAUAGAAAUUGCUUUUUAUGCA